UUGUGUUGUUCAGUCAAUUUCCCCUAGGAGCCCAGAGGACAUCCGCUUUCACCCUUCGCGCCGUGAUGUCCGACUCCAUUCCUACCCAAUGGAUAUCGCAGUACAUCAUCAAAAUCGCCGAAUUAUGUGGAAAGUCAUUUACUGAUGUCCCUAUCGAAGCCAUUUCACCUAGCAAGAACAAGAGAGUUCAAAUACUCGAAUUUUUAACAUACAACCCAGACGCAGCAAUAUGGGGGAGAGUGUCCGACAAGGAAUACAGUAUUCCCGUGCGUUUCACUAAAGACGCUGUGUUGCAAUAUAUGAAGGAUUUGCAAGGUCGCAGGCUGACAGAAGCAAAACACGCCAUCUUUUUCAUAGGGCAAUUUCGCCCCAUCUUCGUACGAAUUCCCGUUGGGAACAAUCGUUCGAAUUUGAGCGAGGAUUGUCAUAUAGCUCUAGAAGCUGGUGUUGUUAAGUUUGUUGGCUCUGGUCUAGGCGUUUUCGGCUCCCCGCAGGACGUUGAAAUGAACUCUCAGGUGAAGGCAUGGGUUCGCGGACUCCGACAAGGUGGCAAUGGUGGGGAUGUCUUGAAGCGUGGUAAACAAAAUGCAGCAGAUUCACAACUCCAAGAAGUCUGCCCAGCCAUCAACCAUGUGGAAGCACCUCCCGCACUUCAGGCUCGGGAACCAGAACGUAAUCCACCCCAUAUCGCGCCAGAAUGUCCUGUCCGAAGGGCCGAUCUGGUGAGGGAAUAUCGCAAGCGCUUCGCGUGUGCCGAGAAAGACCUCUGGACAUGUACAAUGAAGCCUCCCAUUGAUGACAAAGUGCAAACGCUCGCCGGUGAACAACCUCAAAUGGGACAGCUGCCUGUCGAAGAGCGUGUACCUCCUGAUACUGUGAUCGUUGAUGACCCCAUAUCACAACCAAAAUGUAUCAGCAGGAGCGUUGACCGAAAUACAGUCGCAAGGUCCCAACCCUGUACCCCGCCGCGCCUACGUACACCUGAGCGAGACAUAAAUGAGCAGACUACACCAAGAAUCUCAGAAUGGCCUUCAUCUGCGCCUGGAAGCCCUGCUGGAGUAUUGCCAUCUCCAGCUCACGACGGAGUUGAUCAUCUUCCAAAUGACCACGCAAACCGAGAAGCUUCGGCGGAGGAAAACGGUCCCCUCCACGAACCCUCCACACCUCCUACUACUUCGCCCCUUCGCCCGCCCACACCCGCGCAGCGCAUCAGACGGCCAAUUCUUCCUCCAUCCCCUUCAGAUUCGUCCCCCAUUCUUGCGCUACCUUCCUCAUUUCCUUUACCCAUUCGUAGAAACAUAAAACGAAGAGUUCCUCACCCUGGUGUGCCGGCGUUACCUACCGAUCACUCAGGUCCAACUCAGAUUCUCGUCCCCAAUUCUGAUACUUCGGGCACUCAAUCUCAGUCUCAAUCUCAACCACAAUCGGAACCUCCAUCACAACUGCUCUCCCAAUCACAGCCACAUCGACCCCCGUUUCCAUCCCAGCUGACGCAAGAAUUCAAGCCAGGACCGACGUCGACACCCGCUGCCGUCAAACAGGGCGUCUCGAGCACAGGUCGUGGAGCUUCGCUGAUGCUUCCAGGUGACCAACUCGAGAGUCAUUGGGGCGAUGAUCGUGCUUCUUCAGGUGUCAUCGGCUGGGACGUUCAUGAGGGACUUGGCCACGGCGAUCAUCAGCCGUCCGACACCAAUCCAGAUACGCAUCAUGUCCCACAACAAUCGACGGCUGAAGAUCCUGAUAUGAUGGAUGUUGACGCGGUCAAUGAUGUCGAAAUCCCCGCUGUUGUGCAUACUACACCCUCACCAGCACCCGAAGACCAAUUGGAUGAAUACAAACCCAUAAGGGACACUUCACCACAGCCCUCCAAUUCGUCUAUGCAUUCCUUGUUUUCUGGUUCCCCUAGUCUUUCACUAUCCCAGUCCGAAGUCAUACCCUCCAUCAUACGAACAACCUCGCCACCUCCAGGCGAACCAACAAGUCGGGUCCCUUCACAUGAUGCAGAGGCUUGGAAGGCACCCAGUUUCAUGAACUCUUGGAAGGGUAAAGGGAAGGCUACAGAAGUGCUUGACAAGACAUCCGAGACGCACAAAAGAAGACGGGCGUCGCCCACAUCUUCGUCUCCACUCGCUUCUCACAAACGCAGAAAAGUUGUGGCGGACGAAGCGCUGGAACCUGGGCCCGCAAGACCUGUCAGUAAAGACAAAAAAGCAAGAUCCACCGUCCCAAACGGUAAGGGGAACCACGCCGUCGCAUUGGAUAUUAAGGAGUCACACAAAGAGAGUCCAAGCAUCAAGCAAUCAUCGUCGCGUAGGAUAUCCAAAGAUUUAAGCCAAAUGCUGGACGCGUCGUUCUCCCGGAGCAUCGAUAAGAAGCGCAGGACACGUUUAAUGGGCUACCUGGUCGACUUUGAGGAUAUUCCUGCCAAAGCUGAGUCUUCGAGUCCAAUGAUGAACAUGUUACGUUGUCGUACCAUGUUACUGCGAACCGGAAGAAUACGAACGCUUGGCGACAAGGUGACCAGAGAUGGGAGUAUAUAUAUAUUGUCUGAUUAAUUUAAUGUCCACGAUGUUGUCGGAUGGAGGGGAUUACAUAAAGUAACCAGCUUUGAUGCUAAUGACUAUCUUGUGAUUGGUUCACACCGUG